CUAAAAUAAGGGGAGUUCAUGCAGGGUUUUAGUUUCUGAAAUGUUGCAUCGUUAAAGUUUUCAAUCGGAGGUGGAGUUAAACGUAGCUGAAUUAAACGCAUAAGUUUUGAAAGUGUCCUUGUGGGAAGCUUCAUAAGGAUCAGAACCCUGCAGCCACAUUUACUGGGUAUCCAAGAUCUCUUUUAGUCACUGUUAUUUUUUUAUUGUUAAUGCAACAUGUGGCACCAAACUGAGUAAGGAUCAGCUGGAAGGUGUCACCUGAAUGUGUUCUUUAAUUUUCCCAUUAACAGUUGGUCUUGAAGUGAUACAACUCCUAGAUCUGACUUGUGUGGUUUAGGGUUGCAGUUAUGGUGUUACUGAGGAAUAUGUCGAAAAUGUUUUUACUGCAUGCCCUGAAAAGUCUACCACCUCGGAAAAGAUGCUUCUCAGCAGCAGGUACACAGAUCCCAAAAUUCUUGUAUUUUCAUCCAAAGCUGCCUCUGAAGAGCAGAAAGGUUUCUAGUAAUUUAGAGGAAAGUAAUUCUCGUGGAAAUAUAUCAUGCUAUGACUUUCGGUGUUUGAGCACAAGCAAAUGUUAUUCAAAUAAUAGAAAAGGUAUCAAUACCAGAAAGCCUUCAAGAAGUGGAAAACCAACCAUGGAAAAUGAUGAGGUCCUAUCAGAAGAUGAAUAUGAAUUAGCAGAUGCUGAACUUGAACAGUUAUUUGAAGAACAAAUAUAUCCUGUUCCUGAAGGAGGCCAUAGGAUAUUUAUUGUGCAUCCAAAUGUAAAAUGGGGAGAAAAGAAACAGCAUCUCACAACAAGUGACCUUCAGAUGGAUGAAGCAGUUGCUCUUGUGAACACCCUGCCCAACUGGCAUGUUGUUGAUAAGGUUAUUCUUUCUACAAAAACUCCAGACAGCAAACUCAUCUUUGGCAAAGGCAACUUUCAGUUGCUUACAGAAAAAUUAAAAAGUUUGCCACAAGUUACAGCAGUGUUUAUGAAUGUUGAGCGGCUGUCUGCAUCAUCUGAGAAAGAGUUAGAAUCUGCCUGGGGUGUGAAAGUGUUUGAUAGGUACUCAGUCGUCCUUCACAUCUUCCGUUUUAAUGCCCGAACUAAAGAAGCUAAACUGCAGAUAGCGUUGGCUGAGAUUCCGUAUUUGAGGUCUCAGCUGAAAAAUGAAAUGGCUCAUUUAGACCAGCAAGGUGGUGGAUCCAGGUACAUAAUGGGGUCAGGUGAGACCUUCAUGGAAGUUCAACAGCGCCUUCUUAAGGAGAGGGAAUUGAAGAUUAGAGGUGUGUUAGAAAAACUAAGGAGGAAACGACAGUUGCUGAGGACUAAGCGGAAGCGCAGAGAGUUCCCAAUUAUUUCUAUCAUGGGCUACACGAACUGUGGCAAAACGACCCUCAUCAAAGCUCUGACUGGAGACUCAGGCCUUCACCCAAGAAAUCAGUUGUUUGCUACCCUUGAUGUUACCACCCAUGCCGGCUUGAUGCCAAGCCGCUUGACUGUCCUUUACGUUGAUACAAUUGGAUUUCUUUCACAGCUUCCCCACAACCUAAUUGAAUCCUUCUCAGCAACUCUAGAGGAUGUGGCACAUUCAGAUGCAAUCGUUCAUGUCAGGGACAUUAGUCACCCUGAAAGUACUAACCAAAAAGUGAACGUCUUGAAUGUUCUCCAGAAUCUCCAGCUCCCAACCCAGCUCUUGGAUUCCAUUAUUGAAGUGCACAAUAAAAUUGAUCUCGUGGAAGGAUACCAACACACAGACCCAAACGCUGUUGCAGUUUCUGCACUUCACGGCCUUGGCAUGCAAGAACUGAAAGAGAAAAUUGAGGAGGCAGUUCUACAAGCAACAGGAAAACUGAUCCUCACUAUUCAAGUAGAUUUGGCUGGGCCUCAACUAAGCUGGUUGUAUAAGGAAGCCACUGUGCAGGGAAUAGAUGUUUUGCCAGAAGAUGGUUUGGCCAAUGUGAGAGUGAUCAUCAGCAGCUCCGCUUAUGGGAAAUAUAAGAAGCUGUUUCAACCUUGAGGGAAAAAAGAAUGAAUUUCUAGUGAUGAGGAUUUUACAAUUUUUCUACAAAAGAAGUUGGUGUGAAUAGCAUCUCUGACGUGCAUUUCCGAAAGGAUUCGCUGGCAAUAAAUUACUCUUGAAGUGCAGAAAUCAUCAUCCUGUUGGCAAACUUGGGUAGUUUGCACACAAACAAAGCCCCUCCAACAGGAAUGAGAUGAACAAUCAGCCAAUUCUUUCGGUGGUUUCCCUUCCAGGAAGAUGACUGACUAUGAUACUGGAAGAAUUCCCCACUUUUUCCAUGGAGUGUUUCAUCAAUGAGAUAAACAGACAAGAACUCAGUUUGUCUCAUUGCAAGGAUGAAGCGUUUUUAAAUUCGGAAUGGAGUGGCACAAUGGUGAAGUCAAAAAAGAGACUGUGAUGGUGUUACAUGAAAGUUCUAAAGUUUAAAUAUUUAAAUAAAGUAAGAGCUUAUUAAAAUGAUAUCCUAAUGACAGUGGUAAUGUCACAAUUGAUUGUAUUAAGUAUAGUGGGCCAAGGUUCCACCCACUGAUCCAUAUCCAGUGAUGUUGCUGAAAAAUGGUGAGCUGUGGGUGAUCACCUCACAGUCGAUUAAUCUCCCAUCAAUAACUCUCUCUGCUGAUAUGUGAAGAAUGUCACAGUUUGGGGAGCUGCUAGUAUUUGUGCAAACAUGAGAUUAAAAGAUAACUUCAUUCAUUGUGUUCAGGAAGAUGGGGAGAAAACACGAUCUCCUGUGUAACUUAACAUAGACAUCAGAUAUGUUCAUGUGUUUUAUUUUUCAAAAGACUAUUGUGCAAUAAAGCAACAUGUAACACUCACAAGUACAUUUCUCUGGCAAGCAUAUUUCUUUUGCAGCUUAUCACAGAUUGAGUACUUGUGAGUUUCUGGAACAGAUAAUAAUGACUGGUUAGCGAUUGCUGCACCUAUUUUUAUCUUUUUUGAUGAUCAGUACAUUGUUCAUUGUAACUAAAAAGGGAGAGGAAGUUAACUGUUAUAGGCAUUUUGAUAGGCUUCAAUUCUGAUGAAGACUCGUGAAACUUGAAACCUAAUAUUGAAGUCUAACUAAAAACCGGAAGAACUCCAGAUACUGUAAACCAGAUCUCUGGUUUUGUGGAAGGAUCACUCAACCUGAAACGUUAACUCUGACUUUUCUCCACAAAUGCUGCCAGGUUUGCUGAGCUUUUCCAGCAAUUUUUGUUUUUGUAUUUAAUAUCUAACACUUCUGUUUCCGCAGGUGCUGCCAGAGCUGAGUACUUUCAGUAUUUUCUCAUAAUAACAGAACUCGUGAGCUGGAUUCUGCACUCCCUCUGAUGGAGUACAAUAUAGGAAAUAAUCACAACAUUGAUGUAGCAGUGAUGCAUUUAGUUGCAUCAGGAUAAGUGUUGGCUGUAAUAACAGGACAAACUUGUCAACCACUGGUUUUUAAUGAUUAAAUAAAUUGAGA